GAUCAACAUGGCGGCGACCUUGUGUGCGAAGCUGCUUCCAAAACAGGGAGGAUGGCUUCCUCUCAUCCAGUCCGUUCGGCAUGGAUCCAAAGCUGUGACUCGUCGUAGAAAACCCAUGCACUUCAACAAAAAGAAGCUAUUUGCUGUAACAGAAUAUAUUCCACCAAAACCUGGGCCUCCCCCCGGUGCUUACCCCACCCAGAUCAAACGUGUUGUGGAGGAGACGGCAUAUGUGAAGUUGCUGAAGAGGAAUGUGCAGGAAACAUUCCAGAGCUGUAAAAUGAUUGCAGUGGUCCAGAACAACUGCUGUAACUCAGAAGAUAUGUUGAUUCUCAGGAAUCGACUCUUCAAACAUGAGAUCACCAUCAAGUUCUUCCCAAACCAGGUGAUGCGGUCCUUCCUGGCUAACAGUGUCUACAGCAACAUGUCUCCUCUGUUCAUUGGUCACACUGUGAUGAUUGUCAGUAAAGAGCCAAAGGUGAAGGAGAUGUUGUCCAUCCUCAGGUCCAGUCCACAGAUGACCUUGUUGGGUGGGUGUGUGGAGAACACACUCCUGAGUGUCCAAGGUCUGCAGCAUUUCUCCAAACUUCCUGCGAUGAGCGUAGUCCAGGGCCAACUGGUCAGCGGUCUCACAAUGCUCACAUCCCAAACGGCCUCCAUGUUGCAGCGACACCCGGCUCACCUGAGUGCACUCCUGCAGCAGUACGUCACGCAACAGAGUCCAGACAGCGGCUCUGAGGAAGCACAGAACUCACAAACAUCACCUUAGCCUUAAAAACUUUUUAGAUAUUGUUGAAUUCUCGGUGAUGCUGAUAGUUUGAAAUGAAAGGCUCUUGUUAAUAACGUGAAAUAAAUAAAUAAUCUUGCCACUACUGUGAA